AUGAUGUUGCAGACCAAGUUGCAGACCAUGAUGUUGCAGAGCCGAUACGGAGAUGGUCUGGAGAGGGGAACCAGACUGGGGCAGAAUGAAUGUGUUCUGCAGGUCAACUCAGAGGUGUUCCAACUCAUCUGCCCCCUUUGGAGUGAAACACAGGCCAUGAACAUCCUGACUGUUGCAGUGUGCGUGAGCGUGCUCUCCUUCAUGGCCACGAUGACGCAUGGGGCACCUCUUGGAGUCACUGCACUUGUUGGCCAGGAGCAGUUUCAGGAUUUAGUACGAAGGAGCCAGAGUUUGAUACAAAAAAUCUUGCCUUCUAUCUCAGAGGUGCACCGUUCUGCUGUUUACAUUCAGCUUGAUUCUCAAAAGAACUCCAGUUUGGCGAUAAUGGCUUCCAAGAUUGGUAUCCCUCAAGCCCCUAUUCUCAGAGUGGUGUCAGAAAACUGCACUUUGGAGACCAGUCUGCGUCAGAUGUCUCAGGGUCUACAGCUGCACCAGGAUCUGCUGAACGCUGUCCUGCCUGAACUCGAGAACGUGAAAAUGACAGAUCUGAGCAACGACAUCCGAGACCUGAAGCUGCAGAUCCACAAGAUGCUCAGACUGGUCCUCAGCUCUUCCCCCUCCCCCUCGCCCUCCUCGCCCCCCACAGUGAAGCCCGUGGUGCUGCGUCUGUCUGGGGAGUUCGAGGUGCAGGUGGCGGCUCACUGCAGCCUGCAGCAGCUGGAGGCCUUCAGUCAGGACGUGGUGCGCUGCCUCCGGAGCAUGGAGCGCAGCGAGGACGAGCCCGACAGCUGA